AUGUAUCAGGGUGUGAUUUGGACUUCCAAAUGUUCGUUUUGGAACCAUUUACUGGAAUAUGUUAUCGAAGAUGAACAACUUAUCAUGAAAGCCGAGGUGGACAUUCUCAUGGUCAUGUAUCUGGUCAAGAAAGUUUCGGUGUCUGUGCACUCGCACGUAUUGAUUAACGCUUUCAUGAAAGCUGGGUUCAAGUCUGCAUGUAUUCAGCCGGCGAUGCAGCCACCAUAG